AUGGCGUCCCAAACAGCCGUCACCCAAUGGGUGCUCGACCACCCACUCCCAGUGGCCCUCGUCGGAGCCCUCCUCACCGUCCGCCUCCUCACCUCCGUUUUCUAUCCCGCCAAAAAAAGCACCAUCCCCCACCUGCCCGAAACCAUCCCCAUCCUCUCUAACACCUACCAAUACAUGACCGACAUGACUACCUUCCUCGCCCGCUGCCGCACCCACCUCACCGCCCAAACCCCGAUCUUCCAGUUCCGCCUCGGCCCCGAAAAAAUCUACAUGCUCACCACCGCGCGGAAUAUCCAGGCCCUGUUCCGUACCUCACCGGCCAUCAGCCCGGAUAAGUUUUUGUGUCUCGUGUAUGAGCAUGUAGCGGGGUUUCCUGAGAAGGAUAUGAAUCGUAUCAAAGCCGACAAGACAGGGCGGAUGCGCACGCCUGCAGGAGCCACCAAAGAAGGGGAUGAUGGUAGUGGUUUGGACCGGUACUUUUACCCGAUGCAUGUUAUCGUGCAUGAACACCUAGUCCAAGCCCACAAAACCGAUGCCCUAGCCCUUCGUUUCCAGUCUCUCUUCGAAGACCGUUUGGCCAAACGCUUCCCCCUUACCACCGACACCGGCGAAAGCGAAUGGAUAACCGCCCUCGUCUACAACGACCUCUUACUGUCUGACACGACCUCCGCAGCAACCGGCACCCUAGCCGGCACACGCAUCCUGCAAACCGAGCCCGACCUCCCGAACUUACUCUGGGAAAUGGACGAGGGCGCUGCCAAGUUAGUCUGGGGACUUCCGAAAUGGAUGAAUAGAUCUAUCUGGCGGAAGAGGGAUGCGUUGCUGGCGGCGUGUCGGAGACAUGUGGAGCGGGAGUGGGAGGGGUUUGAUUGGGAGGGGGAGGAAAGCAAAAAAGACUGGGAGGAGGUUUGGGGGGCGAGUGUCACGAGGGAGAGUUUGAGGUGGUUGAAGAGGGAGGGGUGGGAAGUGGGGAGUUUGGCGGGGACGUUGGCGGUUAUGUAUAUUUUUGGCUCCAACGCUAACACCACCCCCGUAGUAGGCUGGUGCCUCAUCGAAAUCCUCCGUUCCCCCACCCUGUUCCAAACCGUCCGGUCCGAAGUCGCCAAAGCCAUCGUCACGGACCCUGUUACCUCCACCCGCCACAUCGACAUCCAAAAACUCCUCGCCUCCCCGCUCCUCCAAUCCAUCUACGUCGAAGCCAUGCGCUUACACGUCUCCAUGAACAUCACGCGGGAAGUCAUGGAACCCAUCCAAGUCGGCGGACACGAACUAGAAAAGGGCUCGUUGAUCCAGGCACCGACAGAGGUGUCGCAUUUGGACGAGGGGAUUUGGGGCGCCGAGGGCCAUCCGGCGGGGGAGUUUUGGGCGGAAAGACAUGUUAAGUAUGUGGAGAGAGUUGGGGAGGAUGGGAGGACGGAGAAGGUGCCGCAGUUUUCGAUGACGGGACGGGCUAGUGAUUGGUAUCCUUAUGGGGGUGGACCAUCGAUGUGCCCCGGCCGCUUUUUCGCCAAGCAAGAGAUUAUCCUGACGUUUAGCAUUCUUGUCUCGAGGUUUGACAUCGAGUUUGUGGGCUGGACACACAAAGAUGGAUCGCCUUCGGACAGGGGACCGCAGAAUGAUGUGCGAUGGAGCGGGGCUGCUUCGGUUCCGCCGGACCGGGAUAUGAAAGUGAGGUGGAAGCGGGUGUGGUGA